CAGAGAAACAAGGGAAGAGAAGACAAGACAGGUGACGGGAAACACACAUACAGGGAACAGAUAAUAAAACAAAAGGGGGAUUGGAUUGGACUGGAAAACAAGCGAGACAUCCAUUCUAUCGACAACAGGAGGCAACCAACAGAUAAAAGACAGAAAAGGGGGACACAAGUAACGACUCCCCGCAACCCCGGGCAGGCUGGGUGAAGAAAAAUGACAGACGUCGGUCUUGGACUCGUCACUUCUUCUACUACUCAUACGUCCCAUACGUCUCAUACGCAUCAGACCAAGAUCCAGAGCCAGAAUCAGAGCCAGAACAAUUGGCAACAAAAGAGCCAACAACACAAUCAACACUCGCUUAGAAACAACACUCGUCGAUCUACAUCAUCACCUUUAUCCACUUCCACUUCGACCUCAGCAACGACAACGACGCCUACCACCACAAAAGGACGAAUCACUCGCUCUGCAGCCGCUGCAGCUGCUGCCGCCGCCGCUGCUGCUGCUAAGGCAGCUGAGGAGAGACAAAGAAAAGAAGAACGCGGGCAAGGAGAUGACUUCGACAAUAACCACCACUGGUCUCACCAGUACUGCGGCGUCCUCGAACUCUUCAAUUCCGGUACGGAAGCAGCGCCGGCAUCUUCACCUGGUAGCAGGAAGGAGACCACGAGUCCCAAUACUGCCUCCGGGACGGGAGCUACGGAGCUGGAUAACAUAUCGGUAGGAUCUGGGGGAGGGUCGUCGUUGGGGCAGGGUGGAGGUGCUGGAAGUGGUCAGGGUGGGCAUGCUGGAGGUCCGCUGCCGCAACAGAGGGAUUUAAUCUGUUUGUGCACGCCUGCGCCCAAAGUUCCUAGGCCUAGGAAUGCAUUCAUCCUCUACCGCCAACACCACCAAGCCCGCGUAGUCGCCGAAAACCCCGGCCUCGCCAACCCGGAAAUCUCCAAGAUCAUCGGCGAGAAGUGGCGGGCCGAGUCCGACUUGCACAAGGAGGAGUGGAAGCAGCUGGCCGAGGAAGAAAAGUUGCAUCAUCAGCGGAAAUACCCCGAGUACAAGUACCAGCCUAGAAGGGGAAACAAAAAUAGUGUCGCUGGGGGGAUAGGGAUAGGGAGUAAUAGGACUAGUCCUACUACUCCUGGUGGCAGUGGUCCUGGUGGGAUUGGGAUCGGUGCAGGUGCGGGAGGGACAGGGACAGGGACAGGGACAGGGACAGAACAACAUCCGGGUAGGUGCCCGAACUGUGGGGGACGGUAUAUCGCUACGCCUAGGACGCCUUCGACGCCGUUUGCGGCGGCAGCGGCGGGGAUGGGGAUGGGAGGGAGUGGAAGUGCGAAGAGUGUGGCGGGAGAGGUGCACGCCCGUGGUGGUGGUCACGGACACGGACAGUCGGCGUUUAACAUGAGCAGCAGCUCGGGGAUGGAUACGCCGAGGGGGGGCAUGGAGCAUCAUGCCUCGUCGUCGUCCUCUCGUGGGCAGCAGCAGCACUAUGGACAGCAACAGGGAGGAGGAUACAGAGACCAUCGAGCGUCUGUAUCCUCUCAGCAGAGCGGAUAUCAAGCGUACCCCAGCCGGGAUUACCACCACAGCCAGACGUACCCUUACCCGACGCCCUCGCAUCAUCAGCAAUAUCCUGCUCAUCCGCUUUAUGAUAUGCCGCAGGAGUACGAUGUUUCUACACCUACUGGCACCGGCUCCAAGCGAAGAAGGUAUGAUUCGACAUCGAUGCCUUACCGGCCUGAGCGUGAAUAUGCUCUUCCGUCGCCGACUACUCCUUACGGAAGUGGCAGUCGUCAUCCCAGUGUAGGUGGUCAGUACGCCGUCCGCCCACCUUUUCAUUACCAUCAACAGAAUCCGAUGUCUCCGACACCGUUAGGACACAGUCAUAGACAUGGUCAUGGACAAGUCCCAUUGCAUCAUCACUACCCGCCUCCUCCGCCUCCUACUCCCUCUGGAGCCAUUGGCGGUGGCGGCGGCGGCGGCGGUACAGGAAGUCUCCCACCAACACCAGGCUUCGCCCCCGCACCAGCUGGGCCACCGACUUCCACCGCUGCACUUUCCGGCCCUGCUUCGCUCGCGCUUUCAGGACGCGGACGGAGUCCUCUCUCAAAUACCAUGGCCCCGCCUCCUCGGCCUCCUACACUUUCUGUUCCUGGCUCGAGCGGUAGCUACCAUCAUGGUCAACAACACCAGGGGUCCGGUCCCCGCUCCGGUCUCAGUCCGGUACGAAUGAGGGGUGAUGAUUCGGUCUUCGACCCAUCUCUUCGUCUUCCGCCUUUACAGACGCACCUGGCUCAUUUGCCGCCUAAUGCUCCUGAAUCCGGGUCUUCGUCUUCUGGAGCUGGUGCCGGUGCUGGUAUCCUUUCCGCUGGCGGUGGCGGUGGCAUAGGAUUGGGGAUAACCUACCCCGGUGACCCUCGCGAUCCUAGAUCUGCAUCUUCUUCUUCGUCCCCGUACCCGCGGUUGACGGGACCGGGUACAGCAAGGAACACGCCCACUGCUGGUUCGUUUCCUGCAAGUUAUCAUCAGGGAGCUCACCCUCACCCUCAUCCACCACCGCAACCACCCACCUCCGUUCAUCCCUCAUGGGCAACACUGCACAACCAUGGCCAAAGAGAACAGCAGCAGAUUCCGCGGAGUGAACCAUCUCCGGCUGCAACAGCAAAGGACAACAUUAGGGAACGUAGUAUCACUACCACCCUCCCACAUCACCAUUCCUCCCAAGCUCCAGACACCACCACCACCAACGCCAAAAGACAGCUCGCCCUCCUAGAAGCCCAACAGCGCCAGCAAUCAGUAGAAGCGAUGGUUAUGAGCAUCGACUACGUUCGCAAGGCGUCUGUGCUUCGGCGGAUCGGGCGGGAACUGCCUGCUUACGGUGCCGUAGCUGAUAACAUCGAUAACAUGUUAGAGGCCGGGGAUGAUUCAGCGCAGGAGCAGGCGCAGAUAGUGACGACGAGAGGGCCAAUCAUUGCGGUUGAAGGACCGAAUAAGGAGUUGUUGCGGGUUGUUGGAAAAGCGGUGGAGAGGGCGUUGGUGGCGUUGGGGGAUUGUGAGGUUCGAGCUUGGGUUGGGGAGGGGGAUGUUUGGGAUGGGGAAGGGGGAUGUUUGGAGAGGGAGGGGAAGAAGGAUACCUCUAGUGAGAAAGAGAAAGGAAAGAAGGGUGGUGGUGAGGAUGUUGAAAUGGGCGACGACACUGUCAUCGUACGCGGUUCAUCGCCCAAAUCCAACAACAACAACGAACAAGACCGCUCCUCUUCCCACUCCCCAAGUGGAAUCCUCACCACCUCCCCUCCUCUCCCUUCCACAACAAACAAAAACCCCUUCCCCCGCUACCUCGACCUCAUGCUCUCCUGGCACCACAAAGCCUCGGAACUGACCAAAUUCGUUACAACCCCUUAUUUCUCUCCCUCUCCCUCCUCCUUCCCUUCCCGCUCUUCAUCCCCAUUACCACCACCACCCUCCUCCCGACACCCCUCCAGACACUCCUCCUCCAGACACCCCUCCCGAGACUCACCCUCAAUCUCUUCUGACCACCAAAAACUCCCCAAACUCCCCAUCGCCCUCCUCCCCCUCGGCUACUCCCUCACCUACUCGGACCGCUUCGCCUGCACCAUCCCCAUCGCCGACGCCUACGCUCCCGUGGACCACUGGCAAUGGAUGGCGACCCUUUGGCGAGGGAUCGUAGGGCCUGAUUUGACGGUGUAUGUGAAGCACGUGACCGAAGAAGAAAUGAUGGAGGGGGAAUGGGCCCCGGUUGGAGUGGAAGUGAAGGGGGAGAGGUUGAUUGUGGUUAGGGUUGUUGUUCCUCCGUCUGGAGGACAUGGUGGACAGAUGGAGGAGGCAGUAGUGGAGUUGGAGUUGGGUGGUGAGGCGGAGAAACAGUUGGCUUAUGAGGUUGGGGAGUGGGUUAGGGCUGGACCGUUUGGGGUGCAGGGACGAGGAGGGGUGGCGAGGGGGGAGAGGGAGAGGGAGCCGCCUGCGCUGCAGGUUGGGUAUGAAUAUGGAAGGGCACAGGGGCAUGGAUAUGGUGAUGGGGGUUGGUGAUGAGGGUGGAGGUGAGAAAAAAAACGAAGGGGAAAGUGAAAAGGUUUGGAUAGCUAGAGGUAUGGAUAGCUAGAGGUAUGGAUGGCGAGGUUGUGCAAGUGGGUUGCGAAGGUGUUGGGUACAUAGGAAGACGGACUUGAUACACUUUUGGUUGGCAACCGCCUUUGAACUGGGAAAUUAAGUAAAUUAAAGAAAGGCCAGUCUCUUGGGACCUUCAACCUACGCGACAUUUUUUUGUCACGGCUUUUGUCGUCGAGUGUCCUGAGAGUGUCUUGCGUGUGGAAUGC